AUGGAGUCGACUGAUAAGAUCAAACCACUCCAGCGUAGAAAAGGAGUUAGAGUGACCCCUAGGGGUCAAUUGGAUCAUAAUGACAUGAGGUCAGGACCAGGUGGACAUUUUCAAAAUGGCUCCAACUUAAACUCUGACAUGAAUUUCACAAAUGGUAGAGAAAGUGAUAAAAGUUCCACCAGCGCUAGAGAAAAGAUCAGAAAUUUUGAAUCCAGGAGCGGCAACAGUGAUAAAGUUUCUCAUGGCAACAGAUUAGAAAGUGAAAGUAGAGAUUUUGUGAGUGGAUUUAGCAGACGACAGUUUGUGGAUAGUAAUAAUGAAGUAAAAACAAUUUCACCAGAAAUGGAGAAUUUAAAAUCUGUGUCACCUGUCAUGGAUACGUCAAAUAAUGAUGCAGUGUCGCCAUCCUUAACGAGAAGACGACGUCGCAAGGACAGAAACUCUGACGCACUUCAAGAAUUUUAUAAACAUGCAGAAAAUAUUCGAAACGGUAUCGCUCGAUCUGAAGAUAAUUUAUCUAUUCAAAACACAAUUCUACCUCAACAUAAUGUGACAAUAAAACAUGAAUCUAAACAGCCUCCAGCUUCUGAGAUUAAAACUGAAGGUUCUCACGAUGAUCAGCCGAAAAUAGACACAAGUACUAAACUAGGUCAAACUAAACAGAAUGUUGAUGAGGAUGUGAAAGAAACUCAGAAACAACGAGUUCGUAAACGAGAUAGUUUUAAUUCACCUUCCGACAUGAAACAAAGACUAACUCGUAAAACUAGUCAUGAGAAUUUAAGUGGUGGCCGUCAAACUCCUACUGAUGCAUUCUGGGAUAGAUUAAGCAGACGGACAAGUCAAGAAAACUUGUCAGGACGACAAACACCAACUCAACGUGAGUUUCAAAAUAUUGAUCAUUCGUCAAGUAACCAGAAACAAAUGUUAAGCCGUAAAGCCAGCCAUGAAAGCCUCAUGGGUCGUCAGACGCCAACACAACGUGAUUUUAAUCAUCAAUUUAGUAACGAAUCACAGAAACAAUCCUACAGGGGGAGCUGUGAUAGCUUGAUGGGAAAUGGAACCCCUCGUACAACAUUCCGUGGAAGUUCAGAUAGCAUUAAUUCAGAAAAGGGUGGACGAUUGAAGAGAUCAAGUUCUGGCAGGAUAACGCCAGAUCCUUACGUUCCAACUUUUCAUAAACGUGAGAGCUACGACAAACCGUGGAUUGUUACAGUGUCGCCACCUAAACAAGCAGUGUCGAGGAAAACAAGUUUGGAAGAUAAACGAAAAAGUAUGGAGUCUCCGAUUCCAUCACAACCUUACACUCCGGAUUUACAUAAACGUGAAUCUUAUGAUAAACCAUGGUUACCUCAAAAACCCGUUGCUAGGAAACAAAGUGUUGAAAAACGUGAUAUUAAUUCUCCGAACAGUGAAGUUAAGGUGCGUCGUCAUAGUAAAGGACGCAAACGGAAAGAAAGUGUUGAACGUCACCCAGAUCAACUGCGUAUAGGAUGUGCCGCGUGUUUACGACGGGCAGAAAUGAAAGCUGCUCGGCUCUGUGAUGCUCACUCUACUGGUUUUAGUCUAGAGCACUAUCAAUUUGAUCAGCCAGAAACGGAGCUGGAUUUAGACAAUCUACUGGAUAAUUUAAAACAAUCAGAUCAAGAUGGUGAUGAUACAAUUCGCAGACGAAAUUUGGCCAAAUCAGAAGAUGAAUUUAAGAAUGAAAAAGACUGGCUCAACGCUGAGAAAGUUUGGUUGGUACAUAAAGGGGGGUUUGCUGGGGCAUUUCUACUUAAAGCCGACCCUGCCAGUCCCUUACCGGAGGGGAAGGUCCGAAUCCGUUUGGAAAGUUCUGGAGAUAUUUUGGAAGUGGAAGAAGAUGAUAUUGAAAAGGCGAACCCUCCACAGUUUGAUAGAGCAGAAGACCUAGCCUCGUUACGAUAUUUAAAUGAAUCUAGUUCCUUACAUACGUUACGUCAGAGGUUUGCUGGUAGUUUAAUUCACACCUACGCUGGACCUUCGUUAAUUGUUAUCAACCCUAUGAAAGGUUUACCUUUAUAUUCUGAAAAGUUAAUUCAAAUGUUGAAGGGUUGUAAACAGGAAGAUAUGCCACCCCAUGUUUUCUCCAUGGCCCAGAUAGCUCACCGGGAAAUGUUAGCCACCAGACGGGAUCAAAGUAUAAUCAUGAUGGGUCGAUCAGGAAGCGGGAAAACAGCUAACUGUAAUCAUAUACUAUCAUACCUUACAAUAUCAGCUAAUAGUAUCAAUAAUAUACUGAAUGGUGAUAAGAUAAACGCUAUAUCAGUUUUGACGGAAGCGUUUGGAAACUGUCGAACAUUAUUAAACACCAGUGCCAGUAGAUUUACCCGUCUGUUCACGAUUGAUUUCGAUCAUUCUGGACAAAUAGCAUCAGCAUCACUUCAGGUAUUAAUGUUGGAGAAAACGAGAGUUGUACGUAGACCAGAAGGAGAACCAACGUUUAAUAUUUUCUAUGAGAUGUUAGCUGGGUUAGAUUCACAACUUAGAAAUGAACUUCAACUUCAAGUUUUAACAGAACCUAACCUAUUUAUGACUCCAUUACAAAAGAAUGAAGACAGACAGAAAGCCACGACUAACUGGGCGAAGGUGUUAAAUGCGUUAACUGUAGUUGGUGGGAAGGAAGAUGAAAUCAAGGCGUUAUUCAGUGUUCUAGCUGCUAUUUAUCAUCUCGGUGUGGCUGGGGCUAGUAAAGGUAAUAAUAAUAAGGCUCAGUUUACCCGCCCGGCAGCAGCCCAGAAAGCAGCUUCGUUACUAGGAACUACAGCAGAAGACCUAGCUAGAUCUAUCUUCAACCCACCUAGCAACUCGACUCUCUCCAGAAGUACAUCUAUGAGAUUAUCUAACGGUGUAGAUCGAGGUAGUCCGAUGGUAAAUGGUGAAGUUGUCUCCCCUGCCAUCGAAACUCUAGAGGGCUUUGUGAUUGGCCUUUAUUCUGACGUAUUUAACGCAGUGGUUUCUAUCAUUAAUAGGUCCUUAUCUUCUAACAUCCGUGCUGCCAAUUCCAUCAUAUUGUUAGAUUCGCCUGGCUUCCAGAAUCCUGCCUCGUGUGGGCGGUCUGGUGCCAGUUUUGAAGAUCUAUGUCAGAAUUAUACUCAGGAAAGAUUACAGCUGUUCUUCCAUGAUUUAACGUUUACACUACAACAAGAUCGCUAUGCUCAGGAGAAUAUCGAUUGUGAUUUUGAUUUUGUAACAACCAGUCCUGCUGCCAUGGUUUCACUGUUUGAUAAAUCACCACAACAAUCAUUGCUUCGAUCAUCUAAUCAAGACCUACGUGAUGCUGAGAAGAAAGGGUUGCUAUGGAUACUAGAUGAAGAAGCUAUAUUUCCUGGUGCUACAGAAGACAGUUUUAUGGAGAGAUUUUUCUCACAUCACGGAGAACAUCCAGUCAGACGAGAAAGUUUAUUACGAAAAGGUUCCCAAGGUCCUAUGUUUAUAUUAAAUCAUUAUCAAGGAACGUGCCCAAUACAGUACGAUACGACCGGCUGGUUAAAAUCAUGUCGUGAAAACCCUGUUUCCAGAAAUUCACUCGUUUUAUUACAAGACUCCAAAAAGUAUAAUAUCAGUCAGUUAUUUACGACUAUAAAAGGAAGUGGGGGUGUGGUCAGUGGGUCAGUAGCUGGUAUGGACGGGUCGGCCUCAUUACGUCGUGUUGGCAGUAUGAGACGAACAUUUAUGUCUGGAACUGCUGGUCUGAAGAAAAAAUCCAUCUGUCUACAGAUCAAAUUCCAAGUGGAUUCUAUUAUAGAAACAAUUCGUAAAACUAAAUGUCAUUUCCUACAUUGUAUGAUAGCUCAGAAUAACGCAGGGCUGUGUGAAUUACGUCAGAACGGUGAUAAAGAUGAACAGAUAAUGAACGUACCUCUUGUUCGAUCUCAAUUACGUGGUUUUGAAUUAUUGGAUGCUGUCAGAGUCUUCAGACAAGGAUUCCCAGAUCAUAUGCAGUUUUCUGAAUUUCGACAGAAAUUUGAAGUUUUACUGCAGCCUGAUAAACGUCCUGGUAAGACAACAGAUGAACAGAAGAGUGUAAUGAUGUUAAUGGAUCAUCUAGAUAUUGAUAAACUUAAUUAUAGAAUUGGACUCAGUCAGUUUUGUGGAUCUUGUUUCAAAAUGAAUUGUUUAAGUUGUAAAGAAGAACACUAG